AUGGCUUCCAAAGCUAAGGUUUCUUUAGCUCGCUUGCUCUUGUCUCUCUUGGUUUUAUGUGCUAGUUUAGCUCAGGCCAAGGACCCGGAGCUCAAAAUAUGCCAAAAACAAUGUAAGCGACAAAAGCAACAGUGUGAGCGAAAUUGUGACGAGCACAUGAGAGAGAAAAAAGUGCGCGAGAGACAAAGAGGAGAGGGAAAUGGUGGAGUGGAAAGGGAAGGCUAUGACAGGGAAGAGGAGAGAGAGAAGCAAGAAGAAGAAGAAGAGGAGGAAGAUAAUCCUUACUUGUUUGAAGAUGAGGAUUUUGAGUCCAGGGUUGAGACUGAUGAAGGUAGUGUUCAGGUUCUUCAGAGGUUUACAAAGAGGUUCAAACUUCUUCGUGGCAUUGAGAACUUUCGUGUGGUGAUUCUUGAAGCCGAUCCUCUGACAUUCAUAAGCCCAGCUCACUUUGAUGCUGAACUUAUUCUCUUUGUUGCCAAGGGGCGAGCAACUAUUACUAUGGUGAGGGAUGAGAAGAGAAUGAGCGUUGUGAGUGAUGAGGAUAGAAAGAGCUUUAACCUGGAAUGUGGAGAUGUACUCAGGGUUCAAGUGGGAAUGCCUAUAUAUAUGAUCAAUAGGGAUGAAAAUGAGAAGCUUUAUGUUGUCAAAAUCCUUCAAACCAUCUCUAUUCUUGGGCAUUUCGAGGUAAUCUCAAUGGGCGAAGACUUGGAAUCUUUCUACACGGCAUUCAAUCGGGAAGUUCUUCAUGCCGCUCUGAAGGCAAACGGGUUUCAAUUGGACAAGCUCUUUCAUAAGCAGAGGAAAGGAAGCAUUAUGAAAGCCUCCAAAGAAAAAAUCGAGGCCUUGCGUCAACACAAGCAAGGUUCAGCUGGCAUUUGGCCUUUUGGUAGCUUUCCAAGCGCUCCAUACAAUCUUUUCAACAAACAGCCAUCUAAGUCGAACCAAUAUGGCAGUCUCUAUGAAGCCCUACCCAACGAUUACAAGCAGCUACAAGACCCCGACCUUUUUGUUGCCUUUGCUAACAUCACCAGAGUAUCUAUGAUUGGUCCUGUUUACUACUCAAAGGCGACAAAGAUCUCUGUCAUAGUUGAAGGUGAAGGAUACUUCGAGAUGGCAUGCCCUCAUCUUUCUUCCUCUAGAUCAAGAGGGCAAAGAGGUGGCAAGGGAAGCUCUGGACCAAGAAAGAGUAGCACAAGAUACCGGAAGGUUAGCGGUGCCUUGAGACACGGCGUGGUGUUUGUAACUCCUGCUAGCCAUCCUUUUGCAGUCAUUGCUUCACGGAAUAGUGACCUGAAAGUCGUUUGCUUCGAGAUCAUUGCCAAACGAAACAUUAGGUACCAUCUUGCUGGGAAAGGGAAUGUUAUGAAUAAGUUAGAGAAGGAGGCAAAGGAGUUGGCCUUUAACUCGCCGGCAAGAGAGGUGGAAAGGAUCUUCAACCUCGAAGAUGGGGACUUAUUUUUCCAAGGGCCAAAGGAACGAGAAGAGGAAUAUGGUCGUGCUUUGUGA